AAGAAGGCUUGAUCUACCAUGAGGUAUCUUUUCAAAUGAUCGAUUCCACCGUCACCUCCUUUCAGAAGCUAUUCCUCUGUCCUCUUCUCUAGCCAUGAGUUACCAUGGUUUCACCUUGGAUUCAUCCAUAUUCGCCGGCUUUACUCAAUAUGACUUCAAAUCACAGGAUCCACAAAGCAUAGUGGCUCUCGUUGGCACUUCGAUAUUCUUCCUAUAUUGUGUAUUCCCUUAUAUGGGAUCUUUACCGUUUACGAUCGCCCAUCAUCUAUGGAACGUGCUUGUCUACGCCAUUCCAUCUCGUAUAGUGGCAGCGCUGGAUGCAGAAAACAAAGAAACUUCGGUCUUUCGAGCUUCAUCGACGUAUUCGACUUUCUACGAAAAGGAACAGGCCAUGCGCCGCAUAGUCGGGUUUGAGAAAGGCUCUUUGGAUUCUAUAUUGCCACGAGGGCGGAGGCUCUCAAGCUUAGGAAAUUCCUGGCUUGGGAGCAGAGAUUUGGUUCCACCUGGUCUUGGAAACUGGGAUAAUAGUUGCUAUCAGAACAGUGUUAUACAGGGAUUAGCCUCUCUUCGAUCGUUUGCGAAUUACCUCGAUCGCAACAUACUUAAACUGGACACGCGAGGCAGGCUGUCGACUCACCACGCCCUCAAAGAUAUUAUAGAACGGCUGAAUGAUCCAGGCAAUCAUGGUCAGAAACUUUGGAUACCAUCCGAACUCAAGUCGAUGAGCAGCUGGCAGCAACAGGAUGCUCAGGAAUACUUCUCGAAGAUCGCGGAUCAACUCGAUAGAGAGGUUCGGGAAGCCUCUAAAAUGAUUACAACAAAUGCUGGUUUGAGGAUAUCAAAUCACGGGGAGCACAUCAUGGGGAUCUCGAACCCUGAGCAUGAGAAGUUAGUUGAUGGGGGUGUUGAGCAGCCAAAUGUUAUGCAUAAUCCAUUAGAGGGUCUCCUCGCCCAACGUGUCGGUUGCAUCCGCUGUGGUUGGACAGAAGGAUUAUCGCUGAUUCCAUUCAACUGCUUGACCGUUUCUCUUGGCAAAAACAGAGAGUACGAUAUCCGAGCCUGCCUUGACGAUUAUAUGGCUUUGGAGACUAUUGAGGGCGUUGAAUGCGCAAAGUGCACACUACUACGUAUGCGAGAUCAGCUAAAUCAUCUUCUCAAGCAGAUUGAAGAAGACGACAACAUUGUACAAGGGGCCCAGGCGGCGACUGUGGCGUCGAGUCUGAAGAGUUCUGCUCAAUCUCGUUUGCAAGCUGUGCAAGAGGCUUUAGAUGAAGAAGACUUUACCGAAAAAGCUCUGUCAAAGAAAUUUACGAAAUCUCGUCAGGCGGUUAUUGCGAGAGCUCCAAAGAAUUUGGUGAUUCAUGUUAAUCGGAGUGUUUUUGACGAGGAAACUGGUGCUUUACGGAAGAACCAUGCAGAUGUCAGAUUUCCCCGUUCUCUUGAUCUCGGCGAGUGGUGUCUUGGUACGCGGGAUGUGAUGAAAGAGACAGAUUCUCCAGAGGUUUGGAAUACAGAUUCACAAACUUCUAUGCUUCCAAAUGCGGGAGAAGUUUCUCCCCGGAAAUAUGAGUUACAAGCUGUUUUGGCGCAUUACGGAAGACACGAGAAUGGGCAUUAUAUCUGUUUCCGAAAAUUCUCGACUCAGGAUUUCCCUACCGUCUCCGAGGACAUGGAGACUGAGAAGCAAGCGAAGCAUCACUGGUUCCGACUCAGUGAUGAAGACGUUCGUUUGGUUAGUGAACAAACAGUAUUUGACCAAGGCGGUGUUUUCAUGUUAUUUUAUGAGUGUGUCGACGAGCCGCAGUCAAGCUGGAAUGACGUUUCCGGUGAGCUCUCUGAGAAUAACUUGGUUAUGAGAAAUGAGCAGACAUCAAAGCCAUACCCAGGGCCCGAGAAGCAACCUGACACCUCGGCCUUUGUCAAAAUCCGGACAUCAUCCCCUGGCUCUGAUACUUCGGAUAUCAGCAUGGACUCGGAAUUCUCAUCCGCUCGCCUGACUCAAAGCUCGUCAGACACAUCUAACCCCAUCCUUGAGCUCGAUGAUGUAAAGCAGAGAUUACCUUGUGUCCAUAUGAUUGCGGCUUGA